GCGUGUAAGGUGCUCGACCAUACACACCCUGCUUUCGUACGCUCCUUCUCCUGUCUCUAUUCUCUCUUCGUCUUCGUACAUAGUUUUGGAGUCGAUUACGGGGUCGCAUUGCUCGCGGGGGGCCCAUGGCCAUGGCCUCGUCCUCUACUCUCACCGCGUAUAGAGUGUUGUUCACCGCGUUAGGUCUCUUUAUGCUCGCCACCCUCGUCUAUACCCUCGUCACCGAUGGGUCUCCCUUCCGACGCGAACUCCUCACCCCGUGGAUGUCUGCAACUUUGGUCGACUUCUAUGUGAAUGUGGUUGCAAUCUCGGUUUGGGUUAUCUACAAAGAAUCAAGCUGGAUUAGUUCAGUAAUUUGGAUUGUUCUGUUAGUUUGUUUUGGCAGUAUUGCCACAUGUGCUUAUAUUGUCAAGAAACUCUAUGAAGUUUCAUCUCAAGGUCUUGCACAGGAUCCUCUGGAUCUGUUAUUAUUGAGGAAUGAUCAAACCCAAAAAAGGUUCUCGUUUGUCGUAUUUGGGAGAAUACUUUUUAGUAUUUUAGGGGUAUUUAUGGUGGCAGUAAUCUCUUACACGAUAAUUACUGAUGGACUUCCUUUUAGGAUGGAGUUGUUGACACCGUGGAUGGCUGCAACACUGAUCGACUUCUAUAUAAAUGUUGUUGCCAUAUCGGUAUGGAUUGCUCACAAGGAGUCAACGUGGAUAGGUGCAUUAUUUUGGAUCUGUUUGUUGAUCUGCUUUGGCAGCAUCACUACGUGCUUCUACAUCGUCAUUCAACUACUCUGGCUGUCGCCUCAAGAGCCAAUAUACAAUGUUUUGUUGGACUUUAACAGCAAAUAUGGAAAGAGUACACCGUCGAAGUAAUCCAUGCGCUAUUGUAUCCAAGGUCAUUGGUUUCUCCUGUAGGUCUUAUACGGUGUUUUGGGCAUCUGUUGUACUACACAUUUUGUGUCAGAAUAAGUUUGUAAAUUUAGCAUCCUUACACUGAACAGCCUUCGUUUCUGCAAUCCAUAGCAUUACACUGACCAGCCUUAGUUUCUGCAAUUCAUUUAUGGCCUGCAUGUAUCAAAUAACGCUGUAAAAAAAAAUAUGUGAAAUUUCUGUUGUGUAAAGACAAUAUAUAUAUAUAUGCAGCUGGUGCUAUUGCAUGGCAAAAUUCACUUGUUACCCA